AUGGCGAGAGUCCAAGAAACGGCCGUGGCCCGAUUCAAUGGUCUCCCCAAGGUGCACAAGGAGGGCGUUCCUCUCCGACCCAUUGUAUCGCUUAAAGGCACUCCAACGUACGGACUGGCGAAAUGGCUGUUUCGGCUCCUCAAAUUUCUGACCGCUGAUUCGGACAGCACCGUCUGUUCGUCAACACAAUUCCUGGAGAAGCUUAAAGGAGUAAGUCUCUUGCCAAAUGAGGUUAUGGUAUCUUUUGAGGUCACGUACCUGGUAACUUCUAUCCCCCAGGAUCUGGCAAACGAGACCGUCGAGUUACUACUACGAGACAAAAACAAUGAAACGGAGAGUCGUCUCGGACAUGCCCAAGUCCUUCAGCUCCUAAAGUUCAGUCUCGGGACGUACUUCACGUUUGACGGAUCAAUCUACGAGCAAGUGAUGGGAACACCAAUGGGCUCGCCGAUUUCGGGAUUCCUCACCGAGGCGGUCCUUCAGCGGUUGGAGUCGCUGGUCUUCCAACAUCACAGACCGAAAUUCUGGGCUCGGUAUGUGGACAAUACCUUCGUCGUCAUCAAACGGGAUCAGGUGCUAACGUUCAAAGAACGUCUCAACAGCGUCUUCCAUGACAUACACUUUACGAUGGAGGAGGAAGAAAAUAACCAGCUGGCAUUCCUUGAUGGCCUCGUCUGUCGCAAAGAUUGUAGUGGCCUAAAGACCAAAGUGUUCAGGAAAGCGACAAACACGACGCAACUACUGAACUUCAACAGUAACCAGCCAAUCAGCCGCAAACGCAGUUACGUAAGAACGCUAUAUCGGUGGGUCGAGACGCACUGUAGUGAACCGGAAGACAAGGUUGCCGAAUCCCAAUAUCUUCGACGGGUUUUCAGAAAAAAUGCUUACCCGCGCAACUUCGUCAACCUGUGUAUGCGCAAACGAGACGACAGACAGAACCGUGCCGACCCCAAAUUCUGGCGAGCGAUCCCGUACAUCAAGAACGUCUCCGAGGCCGUUAGCCGCCUUCUUGCACCUCAUGGGGUUGGAGUUGCACACAGAGCGGAGGCCACCAUGAGGCGUCAUGUGAUGAGAAAAAAACCCACUACCACGGCAAGAAACAUCUGGAGUGGUUUACCGGAUCUGGUGCAGUUGCGGACAAAGCAACUACGUCGGAGAAACUAG